CAACGAAGAAGAAGAGGAAGAAGAAACAGCAACAGCAGCAGGAGAAGGCGACGAAGAAGAAUGACGAGAAUACUAAACUGAAAAUAGAGGGACGAAGUACACUUUAGUCAACGUUAAAUUAACGCUGUUAACUCAAAACAUUACCUUUGAACAAAGUGGCAUUACAUUUGCUAAACUAUGACUGAGCCUCAGUCUGCGCUGUUACUCAGGAGACAGCUUGCAGAGCUAAACAAAAACCCAGUGGAAGGAUUCUCAGCUGGCCUGAUCGAGGAUAAUGAUCUCUACAGAUGGGAAGUACUGAUCAUCGGGCCUCCAGACACACUGUAUGAAGGCGGUGUGUUUAAAGCUCAUCUGACAUUUCCCAAAGAUUAUCCUCUCAGGCCACCUAAAAUGAAAUUCAUCACAGAUAUUUGGCAUCCUAAUGUUGACAAAAAUGGAGAUGUAUGUAUUUCUAUUUUGCACGAGCCUGGGGAGGACAAGUACGGCUAUGAGAAACCAGAGGAGCGCUGGCUGCCGAUCCACACAGUGGAAACCAUCAUGAUUAGUGUUAUCUCUAUGCUGGCUGACCCAAAUGGUGACUCACCAGCCAAUGUAGAUGCUGCAAAAGAGUGGAGGGAGGACAGACACGGCGCAUUCAAAAGGAAAGUUGCCCGCUGUGUACGAAAAAGCCAAGAGACUGCGUUUGAGUGAUAUUUAGCAACAAAUCUAGCUUCAUGUUUUCAGGGUCUCCAAUUGAAAAUUCAACAUGGCACUGUUCCUGCACUCUUCCACCCUGUCGCCAGGCUUGUCCUCCUUUAUAUUUCGGCAGGAACAGACUGGCUACUGUAGGCUGCAAUAGAACAUACAAGUGAACACCAAGACUGACAGACAACCGCCAAGCAAGUGCCAACACAAAAAACAACAACAAAACCCCCAGAAGACGAUAAAACAUUUUUCAAGUCUGUGAACUGCUUCAACAUUCAGGAAGAUAUUGUAAAGACAUGUAUAUAGCACAGACUAAACCGGAUAAUAUAUAAGCACCCUUUCCAUCCAUCAAGACACUUAGACCAAAUGAAAAGCGCUGGCUCAGAUAGAUUUAUUUGUUUCCAUUUUCUCUCCUUCAACCCCAGCAUGCAUUAAUGAUCUUUUAGAUAGUUUGAACAGAAGGUCUUGUAUAGAAAGAGAGGUGUGAAGCUGUUGGAGGAAUAUCACCUAUGAAGAACUUGAUUGACUCGAGAAAGAGAUGGAUGACCGAUGGAGGGACUACAGCCAUAUUAGAACACGCAGAUGGAUUCUCUAACACUCAGAGCUCAACAUCUACGUGACCCUGAUCGGUUUUCUCUUUUCUUUAUCUGUUAUCUGUCCUUCCAUCCGGCUCAGUUGAAUGAAGAAAGGCAACAUACCCCGUACAUUUUUUGUGCAUGCUACAUUUUGUUGAUCUUUUUUCAAAAGUGCCUCCUAAUAAAAUGCUUGGCCAAUUCACCCUGCAUUGAACAUGUGUUAAAAAAUGGUGUACCACCUAUGUAUACAUUUAUUUAAAAACAAAUACACAGGGAAUCUGUAUAAUUAGGGUGUUGGUAACAAUUUGGUGUGGCAAUAACUCUCCUAGUAUGAAGUGUACACAUCUUAAUUUUUUAUAUCCAGAUCAAAUUUGAGGACACUCCCCGAUAUUAUGUUAUUUUAGCAGCCCCUCUUUUCCAUGUCCGUGUAGUCCUCAGUAGGAAUUGUUAUGCAUGCUUCAUCGUACCUUUGUUUAGGUUUGUUUUCUUUGCUGAAUGUUUCUUGGAUUUUGUUUGCGAAUGUUUUGAGUGUGUAUAAGGAAUGUGUGCCCCAUUUGUUUUGUCGCUCUACCCCCUUCAUCCACAAACUCACGUUUAUUCUGCUCACUGAACUAUUGCAGUUAUGCCUAAUGUACAAAGACAAAAUACUGAUGUAUAUUUUUCAUGUUAUGAAACCUGUCACCUGUAGUAAGUUCUUCUAAAAUAUGACUUGUUUUCAAUA